UGUACUGUCACUUUCGCCGCUGACUAACCUCUGGCCCCUCGGUUUUCUUCCCUGCAAAAUGGAGGCGGGCUGGACUUCCCUCAGGGCGGCGCCUCACCCCGACUGGUGUAUUCCAGCCCUUCGCAUCCCAGGGAGGACCGGGAGUUUGCCCCCACGCCGCCCUCUUCCCGCUUCUGCGCCAGGUCACUAUGGGAGUCCACCCUCGCUCCUAACCUGGAAGACCUGUCUCUGCCCCGUUGCAGAUUGGAAGGUGCGCAUCAUUGUGCUAGACCAGCUGAGUUCAGACCCGGCCUCUGCCAUUUCCUACCUGUGGAACCUCUCCACUCUCCUUACCAUGCCUAGUCCAAGGUGAGAGAGAGAGAUUUCCAUUGUCUCGUCCCAAGCCCUCCAGUCACUGACCUGACAGUUGGUGUGUGGUCAGCUUAUCAAGAAGGAACCAACGGCCUCCGGACUCUGUUGGCAGAAAACUGCACCUGGACUUCAACUCUGAGACAUGCGGAAGCAGCCAAACGGAGGGACGAUGGCCAAGAGGCUCCAAGCCAAGCAGUCCAGCGGUUUGGAUUGAGCAAUGCUUUGGCUGCAGCCAGCUGCAGCGAUAGAACGUAUGUUUGUUGUGCUUUGCUUUUGGUCUUCUGCUCCAAGGUGGAGGAUACUCUCCCAAGGGGGGAAGUGAAAAGGAAGAACCAGGCAGAGGAAAACUGACUUCAUCCAUCACUGAAAUACUUCGUACCCGAAGCACAGCCACCUUGAGAGAAGAACAUGGUGUCAGCUCUUCACAGUCACCUGCUUGGGGGGCUUGGGUUUGGUCCUGACCCAGAGGGAAAUACAACACCAGCAAGAGGGCCCCCCCCCAGCACCUGAGCACUCACAGCCAAGCCUGGGCUUGGCCCCAGUGGACAUAUGAGAAAAGAUGAUGGACAGAGCCACCAAGAGGGCGGGAGGCCUGCUGUUGCCAGGUCCACCCACGUGGCUCACAAUGACUGCGUGAGGUCAUGGAAUGUUGAGGAGGACAUGCAUGUGGCUCCUCAGUCACAGAGUCGCAGGAGGGUGGUUAUCCUUUUGCUGGGGCUGCCGGGAAGAGAGCUGUGUGCCACUGUCCCUGAUGAUCUGGAGAAGGGACUGCCUCUCCCAGGCAUAAAUGGGGUCAAGAUCAUGCACGCCCAGUGACCACCAGGGCCCACUCUCCCUGGGGCUCACUGGGAAGAGGCUUAACUAGAGGCUCCCCUGGGAUUGGCCGGGGUUGGGGGUCCCACACAAAGUUUGAGACAGAGGCGAAUGAGCAAGCAUGCUUCCUAGGGAAGCAACAGAAAGGUGGCAAGAAGCUGACAGCAACCCUCAGGAGAGUCCUGACACCAUGGACAGUGACACACCUCUUGAGCUCGAGACACAAGAGGAGACGGAGAGCCUGCUGGCGCCACACAGCAGCGACGAAACGCUCUACUGUGAGGCCGAAGCGCCCUCGACUGUGAUGAAGGAGAAGUCAGCCUGGGAGACCUCAGAAACAGACCUGGAGGCUGAGGAUAACGAGAAGUUUUUCACCACUGGACAAAGGGAGCUGUACCUGGAGGCCUGCAAGCUGUUGAGCGUCGUGCCUGUCUCCUACUUCAUCCGGAACAUGGAAGAGCCCUACAUGAAUCUCAACCACCAUGGGCUCGGCCCCAAGGGCACCAAGGCUAUUGCCAUAGCCCUGGUGUCCAACACGACCAUCAUCAAGCUGGAGCUGGAGGACAAUUGCAUCAUGGAGGAAGGCGUGCUGAGCCUGGUGGAGAUGCUGCAGGAGAACUACUACCUGCAGGAGCUGAAUAUUUCCGACAAUGAUCUUGGUUUGGAGGGGGCCAAGAUCAUCUCAGAGUUCCUCCAGAGAAACGUCUCCUCUCUCUGGAAACUGAAGCUCUCAGGAAAUAACUUCAAAGAGGAAUCCGCGGCACUGCUGAGCCAAGCCAUGUCGUCCAAUUACCAAAUCAAGAAGCUGAAUCUCAGCCACAACCAAUUCUCUGACCAGGGAGGGGAGCAGCUGGGACAGAUGCUGGCCCUCAACAUAGGGCUAAAGUCGCUGGAUCUCAGCUGGAAUCACUUCCACAUUCGGGGAGCUGUGGCCUUGUGCAACGGUCUCCGGGCGAACGUGACCCUGAAGAAACUGGAUCUCUCCAUGAACGGCUUUGGGAACGAGGGGGCCCUGGCCCUGGGUGAGGUCCUGAGACUCAGCAACUGCUUGGUCUUCCUGGACGUCAGCGGCAAUGACAUCAACAAUGACGGGGCGUCCAAGCUCAGCCGAGGCCUGGAGUACAACGAAAGUCUCCGUGUUCUGAAGCUUUUCCUGAACCCUAUAACUAUGGACGGGGCCACUUUACUUGUCACGUCCAUCAAGAAGAACCCCAAAUCGAGGCUGGAAGAGCUGGACAUUUCUAACGUGCUGGUGACCGAGCAGUUCAUGAAGAUGUUGGACAGCGUGUAUGCCGUUCACCCCCAGCUGGAUGUGUUGUACAGGGCGGUGCAAGGCCUGGAGGAGAAGAAAACCCUCUUCCUGUGUAAAAACCCCAUAAAACUAAUCCAGAGCUACGCAGACAAGAACCACAUCAGCAUCUUGGACUUCUUCAAGAGCCUGAACCCCACCGGAGCAAUGCAGAUGACCGUGGGCGAGUUCCGGAAGGCUCUGUUACAGCAAAGCAAGGUGCCUGUGACCCACUGCCAGAUCAGGGAGCUGGUCAAGCGGCUGCAGGAGAAGCCCGGCAUGGUGAACCUCAGUUUCUUGAAAUGACAGAAGCCGCAGGCGCAAGUCUGAUCUGCAGAGAAGUCCCAGCAACUCGGACGGGGACGCGAGGGAGACGACGAAGUGGCCGGACGUCAGGGGACAAAAGCCAAGGCCCGGACUGAGCAUGAGCAAAUAA